AUGUGCAACGAGACGGAGAAAGUAGUUUUAGCAACUUAUCAGUUGGAGGGAGUUGCGAACACUUGGUGGAUGACUACUCGAGAAACGAUAUUUCCAGAAGGCGCUGUUCAGGAGUGGAACAUUUUCCUUGAAGUCUUCAAUGAUAAGUAUUUCUCUGAGACCGCCAGGGAGGUGAAGAUGGCUGAAUUUCAACACCUUCGCCAAGGUUCCUUAACUGUUGAUGAGUAUGAGGCGAAGUUCACUGAACUUUCACGAUAUGCCCCUGAGCCAAUUGAGAACCUUGUAAACCGAGCAAGAAGGUUUAGGGAUGGAUUUAGACCGGACAUGAGAAGCACCUUAGUCCUUUUGGAUCUGAAGACUUACAACGAUCUAUAUCGAAGAGCCUAG